AAGAGAAGAACUACCAACCCACCAAACAUAACUCAUUCAAUUCGUCGACUUUGGGAAGCGUCAACCACCGUGUUGCCGUAGAACAUAAAACCCGACAUUUUCUAGUGCGCAUGUUGACAUUUUUAAGUUUGGACAAGACGGGGUCAACUAGUACAACCAACAUAUACUCUUGGUAAACGAAGUUAUCUUCAACGACAGAACGAAUGUUCACCUGAUUUACUCAACAAGAUCAAUCACUUCUUUCUGACAGGGUUUCAGAUCUUUAUUCAUCCCAUAAUAGCCGAGAACGUCAAGAAACAUGGAGCUGCGAGAAAAAAGAAGUCUUGAUAUAUUUUUCGGGUUUUUGGUGUUGAAUCUUUUCUGGGCUGGAGUUGAAUCUCAAUGUAGUAAAGGGUGUCAAGCAUUAGCUUCUUAUUACAUAUGGGAGGGAGCAAACCUCACUUUCAUAUCUACAACCUUUUCAACCCCUGUUAACAAUAUUGUUCGCUACAAUCCUCAAAUCACCAAUCCAGACCUCAUUCGGUCCGGCACCAGGUUGAAUGUGCCCUUCUUUUGUGGUUGUAUAAAUAGUGAGUUUAUGGGUCAUCACUUUAUCCAUCAGAUCAGGGCUGGUAACACUUACCUAAGGUUAGCAGAACUGUAUUACUCUAAUCUUACCACAGUCGAAAUGUUGACAAGGUUCAACAGUUAUCCACCUGAAAGCCUCCCUGCUGGUGCACAGUUGAAUGUUACGGUAAAUUGUUCGUGUGGGAAUAGCCGUGUUUCGAAAGCUUAUGGAUUGUUCAUAACGUAUCCUCUUCGGCCCGGUGAGAGUUUGUCAUCAGUAGCAAAUGAAUUUAGCCUCCCUGAGAGGCUGCUGCAGGAUUACAAUCCUGGUGUGGAUUUUAGCAGUGGGAGUGGUUUAGUUUUCGUUCCUGGAAGAGAUCAAAAUGGAACGUACCCCCCAUUGCCGUCAAGUUCAAGCGCAGGCAUCUCCGGUGGACUCAUUGCCGGCAUAUCAGUUGCGGCCGUCAUAGGGGCAAUAUCUUUGGGAGUGUGCGUCUAUUUUGUCUUCUAUAGAAGGAAAAAGGCGAAAGAGGAAUCAUUUCUCGAGAACGUCCAAAGCAUCGAGAAUGCACAUGGUCUUGGUAUAAUGGAAAAAACACCAGAACCGGGUCCACUAGUUGCUAGUGCAUCUCCAAAGCUCAAAGGUAUAACCGUGGAUAAAUCAGUGGAGUUCACAUUUGAAGAAUUAGCUGUGGCUACUGACAAUUUCAGCAUGUCUCAUAAGAUCGGGCAAGGUGGCUUUGGUUCUGUAUACUAUGGGGAGCUAAGAGGCGAGAAAGCUGCUGUCAAGAAAAUGGACAUGCAAGCAACCAAGGAAUUCCUGGCUGAACUCAACGUUUUAACGCACGUCCAUCAUGUAAACUUGGUGCGUUUAAUAGGAUACUGUGUUGAGAGUUCCUUGUUUCUAGUUUACGAGUACAUUGACAACGGUAACCUCAGCCAACACUUGCGUGGUAAAGUAACAGAACCAUUACCAUGGUCCAGGAGGUUGCAAAUCGCCCUUGAUUCUGCUAGAGGACUUGAAUACAUACACGAGCACACAGUUCCAGUCUAUAUUCAUCGUGACAUCAAGUCUGCAAAUAUUCUAAUAGACAAGAACUUCCGUGCCAAGGUUGCUGAUUUUGGUCUUACCAAACUGACUGAAGUGGGGAGUGCUUCUUUGCAAACUCGUCUUGUCGGGACUUUUGGAUACAUGCCUCCAGAGUAUGCACAGUACGGUGAUGUUUCCCCCAAGAUUGAUGUGUACGCUUUUGGUGUUGUUCUUUUUGAAUUAAUAUCUGCCAAAGAAGCAAUUGUAAAGACCAAUGAAGUUACAACAGAAUCAAAAGGCCUCGUUGCUCUGUUUGAGGAUGCUUUUAACGAACCUGAUCAAACAGAAAGUCUGCGGAAACUGGUGGAUCCUGGGCUUGGUGAUGAUUAUCCUUUUGAUUCAGUCUCCAAGGUGGCUCAUCUUGCCAAAGCUUGCACACAUGAAAAUCCUCAACUCAGGCCAAGCAUGAGAUCAAUUGUAGUUGCACUAAUGACACUCUCGUCUUCGACUGAGGAUUGGGACAUCGGCUCGUUCUAUGAAAACCAAGGUUUAGUCCACCUGAUGUCGGGACGGUAGCCACCCGUUAUUUUUUCGAUUAUUAUUUUGUUUAUUAUGUUUGUUCCACUGUUGACUAGUUUGAACACCCUGAUAACAUACCACUUUAAUCUGUAUAUUUCUUGAUAAUGGAUGAAAUGGGAUUUUAGAUAGAUUCCUUCUA